CUAUCCCCAAGAUAUACUUAGUAUACAACAUGGCGAGUGGAGCAGGGAAGGGAAAUUUCGGCAGUAAAUUCAGAAAUUUUAUAGGCGUAAAGAAGAAACCCAAACAAAAAGACGGCAGUACAGGUUCAGUUGGCUCAGGUGAAUCAGAUGAUGAAGGUUACAUGGAUCCAGAGGGUCUUUUUGCGACAGAACCACCGGGUCAACCGAAGCCACCUAUCCCGGACUACCCUCCACCAUUUUGCCCUGGGUCGAAGUAUUCGCCGAAAGUAUCGAGACCGUAUUCAUCUAUCGAACCAAAUACAACUUCAAGUUUAAACGCUGCAGAAAUGAGGGACUAUGCAAGAAGUCUUGAUAAUUCAAAAAAGAAGCCGAAACCGACAAUUCCAGAAAAGCCUAAAGCUAUGUCAAGACCAGGGGGUGAUGACUACAGUGACCCUUGGGAUACCAGAACAUCAAAUGCAGCAUCUCAGAGACCUGCUGCCAAUCAGAGGGUGCCACAAGGGGAUAAUUAUACAAAUCCAUAUGAUUCAAGAGGGUCCCAUGCACCUCCACAUACCCAGAAGCCACAGCCUACAUCCCGUGAGAAUUACAUUGAACCAUGGGAUGCAAGAUCUAAACCACGUGACAUGAAAACGAAACACAAGGAUGAUUAUACAGACCCAUGGGACUCUAAGGCACCUGCAAGCCUUCCCAAAAGCAGUUUUGAAGAAGAUGAAGACUACACUGUUCCAUAUGAUGCAGGUAAACCUACACCCACAAUGCAAGGAAAUGCUGGAAUCCCACCUCUUGCAGAAAUGGACGAUCUUUAUGAUGUCCCUUACGAAGAACAAAUGGCUGCUGCCAGAGCCAAAGUAAAGGUGGAGUCAGAACACCAAUAUGUUAAUGGCACAAUGCAAACACCCAAGAGUCCACCUCCAGCCGAUGACUACGAUGAGCCAUGGGAACAGAAAUCAAAAUUGCUACAAGCACUUCAUAAGCCUCCUGUCCAAUCCACGGAACAACCUCGUACGCAGCGUCCACAGCACCAAUCACACGCACCUAGUCAGAAAACUGCGCCUCCUCAGCAGACUGUCAAGGAUGACUAUGACGCGCCAUGGGAAUGGAGCAACAAAUCUCUCACAAAGGCAUUCGCUAACUUGCCUCCACCAACUGCAGCACAGGCAGCGAGAUCAAUGGAAAAAGUUGGCGGCUCAGUAACGCAACAUAAUAGACCAAUGAGUAUGCCACCAGUACAAAAUCAGUCAUCAGUUGAACUGCCCCCGUCUAACAGUCCAAGAGUAUUCGAAGUCGACCCCACGAUGCCAUUACAAAACCAAGGAUGGUAUCAUGGAAAGAUAACCCGAUUUGAUGCGGAGGAGCUGUUGAGAAACGUCCCCGAUUGCAGUUACCUAAUCAGGGACAGUGAAAGUUCCAAAACUGACUUUUCAUUGUCACUCAAGAAUAACGAUGAGCCAAUGCACCUCAAAAUAGCUUGUCGUGAAGGAAGGUUUAUCUUAGGGCAGCAUAGCAAGCCAUAUGAUAGUAUACCUGAAAUGGUCCAUCACUAUUCAAUGAACAAGUUAAAUAUUCGUGGAGCUGAACAUGUCAAGCUCAUCUACCCAGUCAUUCAAGAAGCUAUGUAUUUUACUGUGGAGCCUGGUACCUAAUGACGCAAUCUCUCUUCGAAUACGCAACAAAAGCUCGAGCUCCUGUGAAGCAACACAAGCCAUUGGCAUAAUAGCUCCAUUACUAGCAUGCAGCUUGUUUCUGUUCACAAAAGGCCAAAUCUUUGGUACCUUUACGCAGAAUGAUAGUUUUCCUAGUACCCCUGCGCCUUUGUGUAAAGCGUCUUCAGUCCAUCACCCCUAUCUUUAUCUCCGUAACAAGCUACUAGUGCUUUUUACAAUUAAACACCAAUCUGUGAAAGUUUCUUAAUAAUGAAACUUGCUUGUAUACUCUGUAUUCAAACAAUGCUAGCUAGCAACGUGCUUUGUCGAUAACUCAAAAUUUGCUGGUUGUUUGAAAGCUGGAGUCUUCGUUUGAACUGAAGACUUCCCUCACCAGGAACUUCCCUCAUUUUAUGAACUCAAGCAAAAUAUGAUUUCUUAACUGUGCCAAUAUUGACGCGUUCCUCUCUCAUUAGCGAGGGGAGGUCUGCCCAAUUUUCACAACGAUGCUUUGGUACCCUAAAGACAUUGCCUCGUAGUGUUUCUACCAGAAAUACUAUCAAUCUCACAGCCCGGGCCAAGGUUAACAGGAAGCUGCAUGUAAUUGUCUUUCUAGUUUAGAUAGCGCCGAAUUAUGGAUAUCAUUUGAAUCAAUUAUCAGACUUUGUUAAGAUAAUGCUGUAAGAAUCUUGUUUUAUAACUUGAGACUGAAAUUUCAUAAUUGUACUCCCAUUUGAAAGUCCUUAAAUGAUAUUUGUUUUCCAAGUAAAAUGCCUCAAAGUGCUUGAAAAACUGUUAGCUCGUGUAUUUCACAGGAUGGUGUGUAGCAGCGAUUCGCGUUAUUCGAGAAAUUCAAGUUCACGAAGAAUUGUUUAGAAAUUCUGGCUUAAAAUUUGAAUUUGAUGAAUCAGCUAAGAUUUCCAUCUUAUUUGUAAAUUGAUUCGAUUUUUGAAAAGUAGGUAGAAAUAUUGUUUUAUUGUAAAGCAGAUUAACCAUUUUGUUCAACUUUAGUGUAUGUAGAGAUUUCAUGUUGGAGCAUUCAUCUGAAAAUUGCUUAUCGGCGACUCAAGAACUUGGGGACCAAAAUAUCGUGCUAGAGGAUGCCUUUUCUAUUUGUCACUUCAAGCUACGUCGCUAUUUAGUUACAGAAUUUAAGAAUCGUUUGGAUAACCUAGUAUUUAUAGAGAGCUAGGGGUGUAGAGCUCGGAUUAGCCCCCUUAUUAAUGCCUUAGAGUAACCCAAUUUCUACUUUUGUCCUUUUAUGGGGAAGUUUUCACCUUGGCCCCAAUGUUCUUUGCAAAGCUCAACACCCCUUUUCUUUUAAAGAUGAUGUCUUCAUGAAUGGAAGUAAUAAAUUUUGCUUGAUAUAUUUAGUAUUGUUGAUUGGGAACCUCAAUUAAAUUUGUAAAUGUCUUACGACGAGAAAUAUAUAUCAAAAUAUUCCAAAAGA